CGUUGGAGGUAAACCCUGAGCAGAUGGCUAUAGUGCCUCUCGGUUACAAGGGAAAGAGAGAGGACACGGCAACGGUUAUUGCCAAGGAAGUGACGCCUGCACCAACAAAACUGGCUUCUAAGCCUGCAGGCAAGAAGAAGAAGAAGGUAUCAAAGUGGAUUCUCUGGCAGCUGUGGUUCAACACGUACCGGAAACUCUUCACCUUUGUCUUCACUUUGAACAUGGUUGGCAUCGGCAUUGCUGCGUCAGGUCACUGGCCAUACGCUAUCAGGUACAAUGGUGCUAUGGCGUUGGCAAACCUGAACUUCGCCAUCUUGAUGCGCAAUGAGCUUUUCGGCCGUGUCCUCUACGCGAUUGUCAAUUUCUGCUUUGCUAAGUGGUCUCCAUUGUGGUGGCGACUAGGUUGCACGUCAGUUCUGCAGCACCUUGGCGGCAUUCACAGUGGCUGUGCCCUUUCCGGCGUCUGCUGGCUCAUUCUAAAAGUCGUCAACAACUUUCGCAAUCAUCAAAUCAACCACGAUGCCAUCUUGGUUCUUGGGACGGUCACAAAUCUCACUGUUAUCAUCAGUGCCUUGAGCGCAUUUCCGUGGGUUCGUAACACGCACCACAACGUGUUCGAGCGUCACCACCGUUUCGCUGGCUGGCUAGGACUUCUUCUGACAUGGGUGUUCACAAUUCUCGGUGACUCUUACAACGUGACUACCCGAACGUGGAACCUGAGCGGUAUACACAUUGCCCAUCAGCAAGACUUCUGGUUUGCAAUGGGAAUGUCGGUCUUCAUCAUCAUUCCAUGGCUGUGCGUUCGCGAAGUACCUAUCGAUAUCGAGCUGCCGUCGCCCAAGGUAGCUGUGAUUCGCUUUGAGCGUGGAAUGCAACAAGGUCUCCUUGGCCGCAUCUCUCGAUCUUCAAUCAUGGAAUACCAUGCGUUCGGGAUUAUUUCAGAGGGCACCCACGCGAAGUACCACUAUAUGAUCUGUGGUGUGCAAGGCGACUUUACCCGCAGUCUCGUCAACGACCCGCCAAAAACGCUCUGGACCCGAGAGCUGAAGUUUGCCGGCGUGUCCAACACUUCGAAACUGUACACUCGGGGCAUUCGGGUAUGCACCGGGACCGGUAUCGGUGCUGCGCUGGCCACCUGCUUGCAGUCUCCCUAUUGGUAUCUGAUCUGGAUCGGUUCGGAUAUCGAGAAGACCUUCGGGCCUACCAUUAGCGGGCUGAUCCACCGCCAUAUUGGCCCGGAACGCCUGCUCCUGUGGGACAGUAGGGCCCGAGGGGGCAGACCCGACACAAUGAAGCUCGUAAGGGACGUGUACAAGGAAUGGCAGGCAGAAGUCGUGUUCAUCACGUCGAACUAUGUCGGUAAUGCGGAGAUUCAACAAGGGUGCAAGGAAGCUGGGAUCCCUGCUUUCGGGACGCUGUGGGAUUUCUGAGCUGCUUUCUUUGUCGCACGAAGCCCUGUAUAUAUUUCCGAUAGACUAGUUUGGCUCUGGGCACCAUACGCAUUAUCACUCCACACACGCGCACACCUACGUAUCGCACCCCCUUCUUACCACUUUCACGUCACUUACUCUAUUCCGCGGAAUUGCUUCUGAGCUGUUGUAUUGUUGACGUUGACCACGACGAGCGGGACAAUGGAGCGCC